ACGGAUUCGAAGCAGUCGCGGUCGGGACGAGAUCGUAGUAGGGACAAAACCUUCCUCAACACUCACGCUGCCAGUGAUCCAACCAUGAAGCAGAGUAAUCUGGAAAUCAGACCGAAGAAAUCAGACGUCAAGGAGGUGCUGUGCCUCGCGUGUAACGGGCCUAACCAUAAGGUAAAAGAUUGUUCAACGUUCAAAACGUGGGAUGCUGACAGCCGUUGGAAAACCAUCCAAGAGCAUCACCUUUGUCGCACGUGUCUAGGGAAACACGGUCGGCGCCCUUGCAAGGUUCAAGCGGUUUGUGGUGUGGAAGGCUGUCAGCAGCGACACCAUCAACUGUUACACUCCAGCACUCGGAAGCAUGGACCACCGGCCAAGGAAGAUCGGGAUACGGCGAAGCAGGGUGAUACUUCUGAAGAAGGGCUAAACGCACAUCACGCUACCAAGAAGGCUACGCUAUUCAGAAUUCUUCCUGUGACGCUAAAAUGGAAGGAGAAAUCGGUAGAAACGUUUGCAUUUCUGGACGACGGAUCGGACAUGACUCUGGUCGAGCAAUCGAUCGCGGAACGAUUAGGCAUUGAUGACGGCGAACCUCUUCCCCUUUGCCUAACUUGGACCAGCAACGUGACUCGACAGGAACCGAAGUCCCAACGGAUUCGUCUGGAGAUAUCCGGAAAAGGUAAAACCGAACGGUUCCCGUUAAAAGACGCAAGGACGGUUUCUAGCUUCAACCUACCGAAACAGAUGCUGAAGUACGGAGAGUUGGCACGGCAUUAUGCUCACCUUCGCGGUCUCCCGGUCACCAGCUAUGAGGCAGCAACGCCGGGCAUCCUUAUCGGCUCAAACAAUGCCAGCCUGACUGCAACGUUGAGUCUGCGUGAGGGACAACUAGGCGACCCUCUGGCUAGCAAGACUCGGCUCGGUUGGUCGAUAUAUGGAUAUACUGCUGAAGGAGAGAGAGUAACGAACUUCACGCUGCACGUGUGCGAGUGUCGACGAGAAUUCCAGGUGGAUCAAGACCUUCAUGAACUCGUCAAGCAACAUUUCACGGUUGAAAGCAUCGGAGUUUCGGCUGACAAGGGCCCAGAAUUGGAGGAGGAUAAACGUUCCCGUCGAAUCCUAGAGGAGACAACGAAGCGCAUAUCAAAUCGGUUUGAGACCUGCCUGUUAUGGCGCCAUGACCACGUGGAGUUUCCGAACAGUUUUCCCAUGGCAAUGCGGCGUCUACAAUGUUUCGAGCGAAGAAUGAAGAAGGAUCCCGCACGCUGCAGGCAAGCGUACAGCGGCAGAUCACUGAGUAUCUAGAGAACGAAUAUAUCCACGAGGUGACGAAGAAAGAAAUGGAAUCCACCAACCAUAAGAAGGUCUGGUACUUGCCAUUGGGUGCCGUGAGAAACCCGAAGAAGCCGGGCAAAAUUAGACUAGUUUGGGACGCGGCGGCGAAAGUAGGGGGAGUUUCAUUCAACUCCGUGCUCCUGAAGGGCCCAGAUCUGCUGACCCCUCUUGCUUCGGUGUUAUGCAAAUUUCGAGAACGGCCGGUAGCUGUGUGCGGGGACCUGAAACAGAUGUUUCAUCAAUUCAGAAUCCGCCAGGAAGAUGCACACAGCCAACGGUUCCUCUACAGAGAGCAUCCUUCGCAACCGGUCAGGACUUUUGUGAUGGACGUCGGUACCUUUGGAGCCACAUGUUCUCCUUGCCAGGCUCAGUACAUCAAAAACCGUAAUGCGGAGGACAACGAAAAAGAGUUCCCGGAGGCAGCGGAAGCAAUUAAGAAGAAGCACUAUGUCGACGAUUACCUCGACAGCUUCGACACUGAAGAAGAGGCAUAAAGGUCGCGCUGAAAGUGGCGGAAGUAUAUGCUCGUGGAGGUUUCUGCAUCCGGAACUGGCACUCCAAUUCGGACGCUCUUCUUAAACGGGUCGGGGAACCCAGUGCAGAACAACUAAAAGCUAUCAGCAUCGAUUCAGAAAGCGGAGCCGAACGCGUUUUGGGUCUCUUAUGGCUGCCAAAGGAAGACAGCAUUGCCUUUGUCAGCAACCAGCAACUGCACGAUAUUGCUCCAACGAAGCGGAACAUCCUGCGUUGUGUCAUGAGCCUGUUUGACUCACAGGGAAUCCUGUCACACAUCACGAUCCAGGGACGGAUGAUCAUCCAGGACACUUGGCGUAAUCAAACCCAGUGGGACGACGAAGUCGCUGAAGCUAUUCGUUUGCGGUGGCUCCGGUGGAUAAAACUGUUCGAGGAGGUCGGCCAGAUGAGGCUCCACAGAUCCUACUUUCCUGGUUUCACUUCUGCAGAGAUCAAUCCUGUAGAGCUCCAUGUUUUCACGGAUGCCAGUGAGGAAGCGUUCGCCUGCGCCGCUUACUUUCGAGCAACCAUAAGAGGAAGGGUGCACGUUACACUGGUGAUGGCCAAGGCGAAAGUAGCACCAUUGAAAUCUUUAUCGGUACCACGUCUGGAGCUGAUGGGCGCUCUGCUAGGAGCGAGGCUAGCUAAGGCGGUUAAGGAGUACCAUACAUUCUCGAUCGCUCGCCGUGUAAUGUGGACAGACUCAAAAACUACUUUGGCAUGGGUCAAGUCGCAACAUCGUCGCUACCGACAGUUCGUGGCGUUCCGCGUGGGAGAAAUUCUAAAUAAGACGGAAGCCACUGAAUGGAGAUACGUUCCCACUCAACAUAAUUCGGCUGACGACGCUACCAAGUGGGGUAAAGGUCCCAGCAUAGACGUAACGUCUCGUUGGUUCCGUGGACCUGACUUUCUUCACAGACCAGAAACAGAAUGGCCGGAGUUUGACUAAAGUUUGCAAUAUAUAACAACUCAUGAGGAAACUGUCAAGUUCGAUUCAUGUAUAAGUUAGGUUAAAAAGCGAACCCGCAGACGAACCUAUAUUAGAAGUUCUUUCAGUGUUCAGUCCAGUCCAUACGUUAAAGAUGGCUCUACGUCAAAGAUAAAGUUCGUCAAUCGUAUUCUUCUCAUCGCACUCUACAUACCUAGCCCGCUAUAUCUCUUGGAUCUGCAGUUCUUAACCCUCUACUUCCCAUGGUUGCUCUAGUGCACCAUCAAUUUUCGACGAACUCGAGACAAACGAAAUUAGAUGAAUAUGAUGCAAUUGUUUUUAAAAUAUGAUUGGAAUCUCAUUAGGUAAACCCAACUUCCAACUACUUGUUUCAAUAGUAAAACUAUUGAAAAACAAUCAAAAUGCUAUUGAUUUACAACUAAAAUUUUUUAUGUUGAUUUCGAAAAAUUUGGCUAAUUUGCAAUAACUUUUGUUCGAGCACUUUUUUCGGAAACCCUUUCUUGGCAUAGAAAUAGUCGUUCAAAGUCGUGGGAAGGAAAGGGUUAAGACAUCUGGUUUACUACUUAUUUAAACAUUUUAUUGACUUUAAAUUGAUGUUUCGAAACACUUAAGUACGUUGAAUUCGGUACAAUACAAUCAUAAGGUUUACGAUGUAAAUGAAGGUUGUCAUAAAUAAAGAAUAUUUGCGCUCAUGAAUAUUCGUCUCAUUGUUUUUAUUGUAAAACAACUACCGCACCAUUCCAUUUCAAGUAAAACUAGCUAUGUUUAUACCAUUCAAAACAAAACAUGUACGUUGAUUCUAAUUGUUUGGUUGCAAUACAAAUACCUUUUAUGCAAUUCAGUAUUAUAAUUUCUAUUUUAUACUAUUCAUUUCAGUAUCAUAAUGACUUAUUUUUCCGUACCGGUUCAUUAUACAACUGAAAUGAGUUGCAUAAUGAAAAAUAGUUGCAUAAUGUUCAUUAUGCAACUCAUUUGAGUUGCAUUAUGAACAUUAUGCAACUCAAAUGAGUUGUAUAAUGAAAAAAUCAUUGCAUAAAAUUUUGUAUGGAACUCGUUGCAAAACUCGAUUUUUUCAGCACUCUCCGUAUUUAUCCAACUCGGCAGGCCUCGUUGGAUAAAUGUACGACUCGUGCUGAAAAAAUCAACUUUUUGCAACUCAUUACAUAAAUAACUAUUAUUCUACUGUAAAUUAUUUUUUUGCAAUUGCGUUGCCUUUUCCCCUACUUUUCACUCGCGGUAACAACCAUAUAACGGCCUACUUUUCUUCACUAAAACAAAAGUGCCGAAAAGUAGUACUUUUCGGCACUCUUUUGAGUACUGAAAAGUAACACUUUCGGCACUUUUGCUAACCACCACUUUUUUUUAUUAACUGUCACAUUAUCAGUUAGUACAGCUGCUGCUUCUACAUCCACUAAGCACUCAAAUCCAAAUCAGGAAGAUUAAGAUUCUGACUCGGGCUGCAGAUCAGGUGUAGAAGGACUAGCUGAAACUGCCUGAAUACUGCUGUUUGAUGACGACGACGGGAAAUGAAAAUCAGUGACACCUACUACGCCAUAGCCUACCUGUCUGUGCUACCUGAUCAAACAUAAAAGCUACGCUGUCGUACAUGAAUGCUUCCACGUGGUUUAUCCUGAUUCCGUGUUGGUGUGGCUAGGAAGAUUAUCCUGAAUGGGUAUUUUUCGCAAUUGCAAAAAAACUUUGUAUGCAACUCGUUGCAAAACUCGAUUUUUUCAGCACUCGUCGUUUUUAUCCAACUCGGCAAGCCUCGUUGGAUAAAUGUACGACUCAUGCUGAAAAAAUCAUCAUUUUGCAACUUGUUGCAUAAAUAACUAUUUUCGAUCUGUUUUUCAACAGUAUAUACAGUACUUUUUCGAUUUUAUCACGAAUGCAAAAAAUAAUCGCGUGAUAUACUGGAGCGUGAUAAAAUUGAAACAUAUUUUUUGCGGAUGUUUAUAUUGCUCAAAAUACACCUGAAUCGAAAAAAGCAAAUAUAAAACGAACGAAACAUAAAACCACGAAAUGGAAAUUGAAAAUUUCAGGCAGCAUUUUGAAAAAUAAAUUUAGCCAACCGUCAAUAAAGAUCAAGAAGUCAUCCUAGACUGUAUUUAUGCUGCAUUAGAGCAGUCUGAAAAUAUCUCCUCAACGCCUCAACUAACUAGUGAAGACGAAAUGGAGCCACAUGAAAUGGAACGCAUGAAGUCUGAAAUAAUGGCACUUUAAAGUUUCCUAGAGUGAGCAAGCAAUGAGUAGCACUUUCAAUUUUGAGUAUUCACGUUUAUUCUGCGUGGCGUGUGACACGAUACGACAAUUCUCACCUCGUCGUCACACGACUCUUGUCACGCGAUUCCGAUUGUCGUCUCGAGUGAGGUGAGAGCUUCAUUUCUGAUGCGACAAAGGGGAUGAACCACAACAAGCGUGUAGUUCAUGCAAAGAACUGUCAGACCGACUGUGUUUCGGGUGAAAGCUUCGAUUUUGGCGUAUUCAAUGAAAACAAGAAAAAUAGUUUUGUUUUAUUACCGUUUAUUUCCAAGAUUCUCAGCUUAAAUGUAUGGAAAACUAUCAAAUAAUUUCAAAUAACUCUUAAUUAGGUGCGUACGGCCGUUUAAUGAAAGUGUAUAAUAAUUUUCAUAAACAUUUCAACAACUCAACCGGUUACUACGUUUAGCCCUUUUUCAGUUUUCGAAUGUGGUCUUGUUUUCAUGUUUUGAUUUGUUGAAAACGAUUUCAAUUUCGGAAAGUUUGCAAGAUUUUAAGUUUAGAUUGCACAAAAUAGCAUCAGAUCAUGAAAACGGAUCUAAAUAAGCCAAGGUGAGUCUUAAAUUAUACGCAAUUUCAUGAUUAUUAUUUACCUACAGCAGAUUUCUGUGAAAUUUAAUUCUCAGAUGGAAGUGGCCACCAUGGAUAUGGAAGAGUUUUCAUCGAGUCGACGAAGUCAAUGUGUAGCGGAGGAAUUUGCAGUUAAAUACAUAAUAAGAGAACACAUCGGAAUGUUAUAAUACAGCCCCCGGGAAAUGACGAAUCGGGGCUGGCAUGCACUGCACAUUUAUCGUGAGCACCGCGUACACGGCAAGCAGGAGGACUUCAAGGCAACACUCCCGGGAAGAUUUACAGUCGGAUUUCUGUUCCACAACUACUUCUGUACUUGUACUUGUACAAUAGGAGAUCCUUUGGAGGUACCAGACUCUGGGCUCUCAAAUGUUCUUGCAUGUCGUGCAUGUAUUGCAAUAUGCAAUGUAAAUAAUUUAUUUUACGGCCGCACUGAAGAAGGAUAAACGAUUCAUCUUUAACAUAUUACGAAACAUCGCUCUAGUGUAUCUGAAUAUUAAAGGUCUAUUUUGAAGAUUGAUUACAUGAGUGGAUACUGUAAUUAAUGAAAAUAAAUUCACAAAAUAUCACACAUACGUUUUAAAAUACAUAUAUUUAGUACUUAUUUCAGAUUGAAUCACCUACAGGCACGAAACCACGUCAGGUAUAAUGUUUGUGAUACAUUUCUGCAAAGAAUUUUUCACCGGCACCGGAGAUUAAUCAAGAAAGCCUCAAAAUGUUUGCUUCCAUAUCUUCUGGAGUUUUAUUUUCGCUAUUUAUCUUCAUUAUUUUUCAGAUAUCCUCAAUUUGCUUAGCAUUUAGCAUUGGUAUCUAAUCCAAUCCCUAAUCAAACGGUUGGUCAAACUCGGCCACACGACCAAUCAACUCGUUCAGGAUUGAGCAAUGUUUGAUCGUUCGUGAUAAACAUCACGUCAAACGGAGUGAGUUGGUCAUUGGCCACAUCAUGCUUGACCAAUCGUUUGACUGAUGUGUAUACACAUAUACCUAUAGGUACCUAGAAAGCUCUACGAGAUCUAGGUGUCAAAGAAAUAUGCAGCCGCCACUCGCAUAACAGUCCAAGGGGAAUGACAUAUCCUUUUCUAACCGGAAUAUCCGCAUUUAUCCUUUUCUAACCGUCGCUAACCGCGUCUAACUUCCCGCAUAGAAAAAUACAGCUUGUCAUACGUUCCAAACAGUAAGUUUCCUCUAAACGUUAAUGUGACAUUACCAAAUACAUUUGUUUUCAUGUUCAACAAUAUGAAAUUUUCAGUGGGGUGACACGGCUGUCAAACUCGGUACAUCGCCGCUUCACCCAACAUCAUUUCAAGAGCAAAUUUUCAAUACGUCCUAAGUAACAAAAUAAACAAAACUUAGAUUUUUGCAUAUUUAGAUACCUAAUAUGCUGCUUAAUGAUGUGUAGCAACAUCACAAUUCAACAGUUGUUAAAACCUUUUGAAAUUGAAGAAAAUCAAUCUGACUUAAGUAGCAAAGUGAGCACUUUUCAUAUGUGUCGCUUUGUUGGUACAAUGACUUAUGUAACGCUCGUAACUCACAGCUGACGUAAGUGCGCUGUCACAACGUCCUAAGUAACAAAAAUUAUGUAAACAAGAUACGAAAGCGUUUACGGCAAAACAAAGACACUGUCCUCCCACGCAAUUCAAAGUACCAAUGGGGUGAGCGGACCAAGGAGCGGACCAAGAUCGGUCUUAGCCGUCCCAAGUGACACCCCAAAGAAAAAAAAAGCAUCAGCGGCGGAUUCUACGUCUUGCCGGUGUUGUGGGUCAAAGCGUUGGACCUGUUGCUGGAUCGGUUGGUGGCCUUAGUACGGUGAUGGCCGUUACCGGAUCGGCCCAGUACAUCAGUACACACCUUGAUAGUUCUUGAGGCCGACACAUUUCUGCAUACCAAUAUUGAUCUUUCGACGUUCACUGGACCUCACCUUGAUGGACAGCACAACCAAGAAGCAGUGCAAAGAUAUGCAGCCGGUGGCCGCGAGAAAAUAGUACACAUUACGGGGUCCAAGUGCUUCGAACGAUUCACGGUACCUUAUCGAGAAGGUCUUCCAGCAGCGGUCGGAUUGCUAUCGUAACACAGAGCGAACUUCGUUGAAUGUCGGAUGGUUUCGAAAUGCACCUACUGGACAUCCGGCCUGAGAUCCUUGUCCUACAAGCUAUUACUGGGACAAUCGUAUAGUUCGUGCUGCGUUGCAACUUCAAUGCCG